AUGCCUGAAAUCAAAAUAACCCCCCUGGGAGCUGGCCAGGAUGUCGGAAGAAGCUGCAUCUUACUUUCAAUGGGUGGUAAGAACAUUAUGUUGGAUUGCGGUAUGCAUAUGGGCUAUAAUGAUGAGCGACGAUUUCCAGACUUCUCUUAUAUAGUUCCUGAAGGUCCUAUUACCAGCCAAAUAGACUGCGUCAUCAUAUCUCACUUCCAUCUUGAUCAUUGCGGUGCACUACCCUAUAUGUCAGAAAUGGUUGGAUACACAGGCCCUAUUUACAUGACACAUCCAACUAAAGCCAUAGCUCCCAUUCUUCUUGAAGACAUGAGAAAAGUAGCUGUUGAAAGAAAAGGUGAAUCAAAUUUUUUCACAUCACAAAUGAUAAAAGAUUGUAUUAAGAAAGUCACAGCUGUUACACUACACCAGUCUGUGAUGGUAGAUAAUGAAUUGGAGAUAAAAGCAUACUAUGCCGGUCAUGUCCUUGGAGCUGCCAUGUUUUGGAUCAGAGUGGGUUCACAGUCAGUGGUCUAUACGGGUGAUUACAACAUGACCCCAGACCGUCAUUUAGGUGCUGCAUGGAUAGAUAAGUGUCGACCUGACCUCUUAAUAUCAGAGUCCACAUAUGCAACUACCAUAAGAGAUUCAAAACGUUGCCGUGAAAGAGAUUUCCUAAAAAAAGUUCAUGAAUGUGUUGAAAAAGGCGGUAAAGUACUGAUUCCCGUAUUUGCAUUAGGAAGAGCUCAAGAAUUAUGUAUUUUACUAGAAACAUACUGGGAACGAAUGAAUUUGAAAUAUCCAGUCUACUUUGCACUUGGAUUAACAGAAAAAGCUAAUAAUUAUUAUAAGAUGUUUAUAACAUGGACCAAUCAGAAGAUUAGGAAGACGUUUGUUCAACGAAACAUGUUUGACUUUAAACAUAUUAAACCAUUUGAUAAAUCUUACAUAGACAACCCAGGUGCAAUGGUAGUAUUUGCCACACCUGGCAUGUUGCAUGCGGGAUUGUCUCUUAACAUAUUUAAGAAAUGGGCGCCAUAUGAACAAAAUAUGUUAAUUAUGCCUGGUUUUUGUGUCCAAGGUACUGUGGGUCACAAAAUAUUAAAUGGAGCAAAGAAAGUUGAAUUUGAGAAUCGUCAAGUAGUUGAUGUUAAAAUGGCAGUUGAAUACAUGUCAUUUUCAGCUCACGCGGAUGCUAAAGGUAUUAUGCAACUGAUACAAUACUGUGAACCAAAGAAUGUACUACUUGUUCAUGGCGAAGCACAAAAGAUGGAGUUUUUAAAGGAUAAAAUUGAGAAAGAGUUCAGCAUCAGUUGUUAUAUGCCGGCUAAUGGUGAAACAGCUAUAAUUAACACACCCACAAAAAUACCAAUUGAUGUUUCUCUUAGGUUACUUAAAGCGGAAGCUGUUAGAUACAACGCGCAGCCACCAGAUCCAAAGAGACGUCGCGUCGUACAUGGAAUUCUAUGUGUCAAAGAUAAUAGACUAUCAUUCCUAGAUAUAGAUGAAGUUUGUGAAGAAAUUGGUAUAAAUAGGCAUGUUAUUCGUUUUACUAGUACAGUUCGGUUUGAUGACCCAGGCCCAGCAGUCAAAACGGCAGAGAAAUUAAAGGGUCUGUUGACUGAAAAAUUACAGGGUUGGUCAAUUACGAUAUCGGAUGGUAACAUAUCUGUAGAAUCUGUUCUUAUUAAAGUUGAAGGUGAAGAUGAAAGUACCAAAAAUAUUUAUGUGUCAUGGACAAAUCAAGAUGAAGACUUAGGGAGUUACAUUUUGGGAUUACUUCAGUCUAUGGUUCAAUAA